CGCCCCAUCGCGCUGACUCGUCCAAUGGCGUGGAUUCAAUCGCAAAACUGACCGACAGCUGAAGCUGUUCGUUAAAACUGGGGAACGGCGGCGUCCCUGAUCAUUCAUAACGGCAAGAGCGAGACGACAAAUCAAACAGGAAGCGGAAUUAAAGCAACGUUCAUCCGUAGGGACUAGAAGUGUGCUUGGAUUUUGCAAUCUCUUCUCAGCGCCUUUGUGUGCCCACUUGUAUCACUGUACGCUCCACCAAUAAAACACAGUGACGGCAUACUCAGAUCUGUAUCAGAGAGUGAGUUUCUGAUCCAUUCUGCGUCCCGUUCCCAAUGAACCCAACGCACUUGGAGACGGGCGGCAGGCUAAGCAUGGGAUUACUUUUGUGAUGUGGAUUGUAAAAGCCUUGGAAGAAAAUUUUGAUUUACUUCUCAACAAUGUGAGAGGACCUGCGUCCUGGAUUCUCAUAUUUCUGGAUAUUCUGAAAAUAAUCGGCAACAGCUGAGAGACACUAUAACACACUUGGAUCUCAAUCGCGCGCUCUCUCUCUCUCAGGUGUCUGCACGCGUGUUGCGGGACCAACAUGGGAUUCUCGUUGCCCCUAUAGGUCGGACCCCUUGUGAAGAAGCCUUUACUCAUGUCUAACUUGCUUUCUGAGACCUUUACCAAUGCGUUUGCUAAAGUCCGCCUAUCAUCGGAUAGGGUUUUAAAAAGAUUUAUUCGCCUUAUAAAUUCAAUCAUGAACUUUGCCGUUCGCGUGCUCCAGUUAUUUCUUGUGACGCUUCUGUAUUUUUCAGCUGUCAAGAGUGCCUACAUACCCAGGGAGGGAGGCAGAAGCACAUAUGAUGUGGUGCCAUUCAUGGAAGUGUAUAACAAGUCUCUCUGCCGUCCUCGGGAAGUGCUGGUGGAAAUUCAACAGGAAUACCCUGAUGACACAGAGCAUAUCUUCAUCCCGUCCUGUGUGGUUCUCACCCGCUGUGCUGGGUGCUGCAAUGAUGAGAUGAUGGAAUGCGCCCCUACCGUCACAUACAACAUUACCUUGGAGAUUAAAAGACUGAAACCGCUCCGUCAUCAGGGUGACUUUUUCAUGAGUUUUGCAGAACACAGUGAAUGCAAGUGUCGGCCGAGGAAGGAUGUACUGGAGAAAAAAGAAAAAAAACCCCGGAAGGGCAAAGGCCAAAAGCGAAAGAGAAAGAAAAACAGUGAAAAAAAGCGGGAUUUGUGCAUGGCCUUCACUUCCUGCCUAACGUCAGCUAUUCACACUCUACAAAACCCCCUCGGGGAGCAAAACCCCAUUGUACCAGACGAGGGUGGCUCAAAAAAACGUGCUGAGUGCCUUAGUCAGUGUGAGCCUUGCUGUUCUACAUGCUCUGAAAGGAAAAGAAGGUUGUUUAUUCAAGACCCCGAGACGUGUCAGUGCUCCUGUAAACACUCUGAAGCCUACUGCAGGUCUAGACAACUAGAACUCAACGAAAGGACCUGCAGAUGUGACAAACCAAGGAGGUGAACCGAACCGACUUGAGAAUGGACUCUCACAUGAAGGAAUAUUUCACAAUAAUUCACAGCACUUUGAAAUUUCAGCUUUGAACUUUGGUCUCAUUUUUCCGUCCCGGAGAUAUUGAGCGAAUGAAGUGAAGGGGUUUGGGGAAGGUGGGGGGCUAAUAGUCAAUGAAAUGUUCUCUCUGUAUAUUUUCAUGAUUUUCGUGUGUGUGUUAAGCGACGCGAGAGACUGAAAGCACAGGAUUUGAUUUGCUGCUAAAGGUUCUUUUACGCAAAGACCUGCGUAAAUGUUUCUGAUCUCGGCUGGCGUGCGUAAAGUCGUACUCGAAAUCACUCAGCGAAACACAUCACUGGAUUUGGGUCUACUGUGCAGUUUUUCAUGUGAAUCUAAAGCGCAAACGAAAUGUUUGCAGGACUGCAACUACGCACUACGCACUGUGGAAUCAUUCCUCCCAGUACGUGAACACUGAGAACAAUGCGUGUGCUUUUACAGAUGGACAAAUGACUGGAGUUUUGAAGAAAGACUGAACUGAUUCUGUCAUUGGAAAGUUACACAGUGACGCUGUGUUUGCACCAGAGCUCUGACCUUGACGAGGCAAACCUAAGAGGAUAUUGGUCAUAUUCACUCCUUAAAGGGAUAUUCAUUCUUUGAAAUGUUUGGAAACCACUUUGUGUAGAUUGUGUGAUUCGAUUCCAUGCUUCCACACUACUGGGGAUUUGGUUGUCGUUCAGCUAGUCUUGGAAUUUUAGUCCAAAUCUAUUCCCCUAAGCAAUUCAGUAAUUUAUUUUUUUUUUUUUUUUUUUUUAGAAUAUUUUCAGUAUUCUAUCUCUUUGUAUUUAAUUUGACCUAUUUAUGUGCAGUGUUAUGUUAAGAUGGAUCUUCUCGCCCUUUAAUGUCUGCAAACCUCCACGGCUGUCUGGAGGGAAAAAAAGCUUUUCAUCCUGUUUUAUUUUCCGUAGAUGAACAGUGAAACAUUCCUAAUACUGAUCAGUGAGUUGUGUUGCCAACUGCCUUGACUUUGCCGCCUUGCUGCAGAUGUGUAUGUGCCGAGUGAUCUCUAACAAACAAACCGCGUAAAUGUGAUUUUGUGUGCAUACGAGGCUAGUGUUUGUGCGCGUGCAUGUGUGAGUAUGCUUUGGCGAAACAGUCCUGAUGUCAGUGUGACAUACGUAUUGAAUAACAAUAUAGCAGCCAAAUGUAAAUAUAGGCCAAACCCACAUCACCAUUUACUUCUACUAUAUUAAGAUCUAACAAGCUGAAACCGUAUGAUCAGAUGUGGUCUGAUUUGAUUGGAGUUUUACAUUAUUUAUUUACUCUGUGUAAAUAUGUUGAAUAUUAACAUCUUUUUUUGUGUCUGUUAAUGUAGUACAGCAUAUUUAUUUUCAAAUUAUAUUGCUCUUUUUCUAUAAAAUUUUGUUUGAAAGCUC